AGGUCUCUGCAAUCAAUGCACAGUCAGUGCGACGUUGAUCACUGCUAUGUGCUGUCUCUGGCUCACGUCAUACAUAAACUUGAAGGAGCAUACAGCGCUUGAUGGCCGUGGGAGGUGCUCAGCAAGGAGAGAACCUCAUGGCUUUGAACCUGAUGCAGAUUGUUGUUCGCCAGGCGUCGAACAUGCGACAUGGGUUUGCACCAGAUGCUCGUGCCUUCUUCAUAGAGCGGGGCAACAAGGACUUGUCGAUGGGACUUCAAGCGUGGCGGGGAUAUUUCCAGAGCGUUCGCCCUGUGCUCGGAAAGUUGUUGGUCAAUGUUGACAUUGUGAACUCCCUCGUAUACCGGCCAGGUGAACUCACCGCCCUGGCGAUGUCCUUCCUCAGACUGAGGGACAUCCGGGCACUUGAGAGAAUGAGCCCCGUGGACCUCCGCCACCUCAAGAGUUUCCUCAAGAACAUCAACGUCACGACCACGACGUCUCGGGUCCGGAGGGGCCGCCCGAUCAGAGACCUCGUGGACAAUGGUGGUGGCUACGAGUUUGAGAAGGACGGGGUAAGAACAACGGUUCAAGAGCAUUACCGGCAAGUAUAUAAUAUUAACCUUCGCUACCCGGCCAUCUUCGGUGUCCGUAUCGGAAGAGACGCCGUUAUCCCUGCGGAGCUCUGUGAGGUCUUACCAGGACAGCUGUAUCGCAAGAAGAUCCCGGCAGAACUCGGCGCCGAUUUCCUGAAAUUCGCGACGCAGAAGCCUGAUGCGCGCAUUCAGGCCAUCCAGGACGCGGUCUCGGGCAGAGAUGAGGUGUUCAAUUACCAGGGGUCCGACUUUGUACGCGACGCUGGCAUGCGCGUGGACCCCGCUCCUCUGUCAAUCACCGGUCGGCUUCUCAACCCACCCCGUAUUCAAUACGGCAGCGGUUUUGAGGCUAUACAGAGCAAGCGUGGUGCUUGGAACGUCGUAGGGAAGAAGUUCCUUACGCCGAGCACAAUCCCGACAUGGGGUGUCAUUUUGCUCGACGACAGGGCGGAUCCCGGUAGAGCCGAACACUUCGUUGGACAGCUAAAGCGUAACUUGCAAGCGCUAGGCGUCAACGUCGUGCGUGACCCGGUGCUACAGCGCGGCGGCAACGCGUACCAAGUAUCCCAGGCACUUGACACAUUGCUGCAACGCGCGACAAUCGUCAGCGAGCCGCACCCGAGGACAGGGCAAACAAAGCCCAUACCUCCCACGAUCAUUAUCGCGCUACUGGCCACCAAUGCAGCGGAGAUACGGCGCGCAGUGAAGCAUUGGGGUGACGUGACGCGCGGUAUUCCGACACAAUGCGUUCGCUCGGGAAAGUGGGAAAAUGCGAAGGACCAGUAUCUGAACAACGUGGCUCUCAAGAUCAAUGCCAAGAUCGGCGGAAUCAACUCAAGAGUUGACGAUAAGUCUUUGGUGCCACCAGGCACUAUGGUAAUCGGCAUGGAUGUCGGUCACCCUGGACCUGGUGUGACAGCUCGGCCCUCCGUGACCAGUCUCGUCGCGUCUGUCAACUGGGACUGCACGCAAUACAUCGCUUUCUGCGGUGUUCAGCCACCCCGCGUAGAGAUGAUCGCCAACCUCAAACAAAUGCUCACGGGGGCAGUGAAUCAAUUCGUGUUGCGCUGGGAAGGGAAAUAUCCCCAAAAGGUUGUCUUCUUCCGUGACGGGGUCUCCGAAGGCGAGUAUGAGCAAGUCUCGCAAAACGAGAUCCAGUCGAUCCGGAAUGUCCUCAAGGACAUGAUAAAGAUCGACCCCUCUGGCGUCGAGCUUAAGUCGGGUGAGAAGGCAUUCGGGCCUGGCAUGCCACUCCCGAAGAUAACGUUCAUCGUCGUCGGGAAGCGUCAUCAUGUCCGGUUCUUCCCGCGCAACAGAAAUGAGGCGGACAACUCGGGGAACUGCCCGCCCGGUUUCGUUAUCGACGACCAAAUCACGAACGCGAAGUACCCGGACUACUACCUUCAAUCGCACAGCGGCAUUCAAGGCACGAGCCGGCCCAGUCACUACAUCGUCCUGGAGAACGAGCUUGGCUUACCGCCCGACACUUAUCAACGCCUCUCAUUUGAUCUGUGUCACGUAUACGCAAGUGCGACACGAUCUGUGUCCAUCCCAGCACCGGUCUACUAUGCAGACGUACGUUUAUUUUCUCUCGCCAAUUGACGUUCACCUCUAAGGUGACGCACACCGUGCUCUGUCCUCAGCGAGUCUGCGCGCGCGCCGAGAACCACUUCCCGGAUGAGCUCAAAUUCGGGGAGUCGGACACGGCGAGCACCGCAGGCGGCGGCCGGGCAGAGUUCGAUCUGCGGCCCUGGGCGAAUGGGUUCAAGCAGGCGACGAUCAACAUGUCGCGCCAGAUGUACUACCUCUGAGGCCGGCCCUGCUCUGCAGGACCAGGCCUCAGGGUCAGUGGUUGCUCUCGUCUUCUGGCGGUGUACGAUACAUGUCACGGUCCCGUCCCUCGGUCUCCCUUCGGCGAAGUUCUAAAUCCAAAGC